AUGGGUAGUGUUUGGUUUAGAAAUAGAUAUUGGUGGUACAGAUCACUUUAUGAUGAUUACGUUGCUAGAGAAGCUAAGUUAGCUUUCGGUAUAGCUGCAUUCAUCUGGCUUCCUCACUAUUACUGGGGUAUCCAUCUUAACAGAGCUUUCGAAGUUAAUUUCUCACACAGAAACUAUGCUCACGAAUGGGGUCCAAGAAGAAAUAGACUUGCUCACUCACUUGAAUUCGAAUAAUUCGAUAUGAUCCUUGAAAAUUGGCAAGAUUUAGAGGAUGAGUAUGCGCAGAGAGGGGAUGGAAUGCUGAAAAAGUGA